CAUGGCUAUCGAUGUUGUGGAUUCUGCCUUAGAAGUUAGAGCUGCAGCUGUGUCUGUGACUAUGAUUUUCGGUUGGACCCUGCUUUAAAAUCUCAUUGAUUCAUUGAUGCUGCAACGCGUUUCAUAUUUUACUCUCUUCGGCAGAGUUGGUCAAAUCAUGAACGGGAACAGUGUCAAGUCUUCUACUACUGCAGCCAAUGGCGAUAAGAAGGUGGCUAUCUUUGACAAAGAUGGAACCCUGCUCUGCAUGAAUGCUAUGCUGGCUCCAUGGAUGAUCCAAGUAGCGGAAAGAAUGGAGGCCGCUACUGGACUCUCCAUAAAAGACGAGAUUUACAAGGAUAUGGGGUUCGACGUCCACACUCGCAAAUUUGGGUCCGGUCACGUCUUGGAGUCUACCAAUGAGGUCUGCAUCAACUCUCUUAGUGAUCUCCUCGUAAAGAAGGGUCUUUCAUCUGAAAAAGCUCGGGAUGUGUCCAUACACUCCUAUGACAAAGAUGGCAGUGCUGCUCUACAGGAGAACUACUGCCUUUUGGCGAUGUGUACAGUAUCUUCUCUAGGCUAAGAGAUAAUGGGUAUUCAAUAGCUGUCAACACCUCCGACAGUCGCGUCACGACUGAAAGCAUCUUAGAACGAUUGGGUGUGUCCGAUCUGGUGGACAUGGUGGUGUGUGGAAGCGACGCUGGAGUCAAACCCAAGCCUGAUGCGUAUACCGCCCUCAAAAUCUGCUCAGCACUAGGAGUAGAUCCCAAGAAUGCUGUGUUUAUAGGAGACACCAUCACUGAUGCUAUGGUGCGGAAAGAAUGCAGAAUGUGGUCUUGUUAUAAGUGUUCUUUCUGGAGGUAUAGAUAAAGCAAUAUUGGAGAAGAAAGCGGAUAUUGUUGUGGACAGCAUAGAAGAAGCAGCAGACGUAAUCCUCAAUCAAAAUUAACCUAUUGCCUACAGGAGCCUAUGGUGGUCACAGAAUUUAGUAGUCAACGUGUUAAUUCUCCACUGAAUGAACUCUCUGAAGCCAUAGAGCAGGACUUGGUAUCUAUUUUUAUAUGAUUAUUCUAUCAUAUAGAUGUUUUCAGUAAAGCAAUAAUAGGCAUACAGGAGUAUUUUUCACUG